AUGUGGCUUUCGAUGGCACGCGCAGGCGCGGUGCCGGCGUCGCAUCCUGACGAGGCUUCCUCGAACCUUCUAUCUGAGCUCGACUCCCCUCCGCCGCUGCUCAGCAGCCCAGCCACAGACGCAGCAGCGGGACAGGCUUCGCAUGGGGGGGACGCGGGUGCGCGCGAGACGGCAUCAGGGCCGGAAGAUGGCGGCUGGUCGCGGGAUACGCGAGAAGGCGAGUGGGGCGAGCGGGACACGGGCGUGGUGGAGCAGGUCAGCGCGGAGCCGCAUGAAACGGCGCAAGGCGAGGAUGUGGCGGAGGAGCGGGGCGAGCUGGCAGCGUGGGGAGCGAAAGGGCAGCGCAAGAGGCGCACGCGGCGGCGGUUCUACCCGGAUGAGCGCGACGAGCUGCGGAAGGCGCUGCUGGAGCACCUCACUCUGCUGCGCCUGGAGGAGGCGCGCGCGGAGUGGGCGGAGCGGGGGGAGAGCGAGUGGAGGGAUGGCGCAUGGGAGAUGGAGGGGGACAGGGACACGGGUGGGGGAGAAGCGCAUGUGGAGGAGAGGGAGGGGGAGGGCGGAUGGGGGGAAGAGGAAGCGCUGAUGGAGCAGGCAAGGGCUGCUGCAGAGGCUGCCCGCGCUGCUGCUAGGGUGAGGCGUGGGGGAGAGGGGGAAUGGGAAGGAGGGAUGGGAGGAGUAGCUGAUUGGGUGGGAGAGGUGGGAGGCAGCCCACCGACCUUGCAACAGGGGUCGCCUCGCAGGGGGAUAGGAGGAAGGGAAGUAAGGGGCAGAGAGAGCAUGGUGAAUGGGGGGAUGAGUGCAGCCGUGAGUGUGGCUGAGGCUGUAGCUGACGUGGCACUGAUGGUGGAGCAGGAGUUGGAGCGAGAGAGGAGGCGAGAGCAGGAGGCGGUGCUGCUGGGCGGGGUCACAAGCCCUCCUGGAGCGUGCCCAGCAGUGCCGGCCUCAUGGCAGCAGCCUUGGUGGCUGUCGCCUGCUGCCCCACCUGCUGCUGCUGUCUUUUCUGCCUCUGCUGCUGGCUGGCAUGCAUCGACUGGCAUGAACAGUGUCAAGGGGGAUGGCGUGCCAAUCAAGGGAGCAGCUGGGGCAGGUGGGGUCAUGGAGAGACGAGCUGGGGGAUUUGCAGAGUUCAGUGGGCGAAGUGGGGUAGGCUUUGCUGCGUUUGCUGGCAACGGGGCAGGUGGUGAGCAGCAGGGUGAUGGCAAUGCAGCUGGCAGACAGCAGGCAGGCGCAGGUGAAGAGGUCAUUGUGGACACCAAGGGGAACGCAGGCAAUUCACGGCCAGGUUUCAAGAUUGACAAUCCUAUACAUGCUGGAAAGCCAUUAUCUCCACUUUUCACACUAAUGAGAAGGUAG